ACCGGUUACCGCCGUUUUUCACCAGCGCUACCACUCAUCUUGUCCCUGUGCAGUAUAGUGUCGGGGAAUGGGUGGUGCGCCAAACCAAUUAAAGCCUCCACGCAUUACUCUAUCGCCCUUCCUUUGCCCUCUCUCUCUCACUCUAACGCUGCUUCUUGGAUCCUAAUCUCUGUUCCCCAAAUCUUCUAAUCUUGAUCUUUUGUAGCCCAUGUAAAUACUUCCUCUUGAUUCCUUUUUUUUUUUUUUUUUUACUUUUUAAAUUUUUUUCUCUAACCACUAUCUGGUCAUCUUAUUCCUCCAGAUUUAGAGGGACCAAUGGGGAAAAGAGUGAAGAAAAAGAGCCGUUCACUGCAGAAGGAGAAGAGAGUUACAGCCCAUUCUCCUAAAAAUUCACCUGAACAAAUCAAUCCCAGUGUUGGUAACAUUGAAAAUGGACCAAUACUGAUAGAGAGAAAACCAUGUGCCCACCUUGACAAGGGUUUUAAUAUAGACAAUUUUUCUGAGAAACUUGGGUCUUCAUGUCCUAUACGGUGUGAGGAUUGCCGCGAAGCGAAGGGGAAAGGUAAACAAGGCAAGAAGAAAGCUUCAGUUGAUUCAAAAUGUGAGUCAAAAGCCAUUUGGGUUUGUUUAGAUUGUGGGCAUUAUGCCUGUGGAGGGAUUGGUUUGCCAACAGUUCCCCAAAGCCAUGCAGUUAGGCAUGCUAGACAAACCCGUCACCCAUUGGUGAUCCAAUGGGAAAACCCUCAUCUUCGUUGGUGCUUCCAAUGUAAUACACUACUUCCAUUUGAGAUAACAGAAGAAAAUGGUGAAAAAAAGGAUGCAUUAUUUGAUGUUGUAAAAUUAAUCAAGUCACGAUCAUUGGAGAAGUCUCCGGUGAACGUUGAAGAUGUUUGGUUUGGAAGUGCUAGUGUUGCAAGUGAAAUCAAAGCAGAAAGCUCUACAUCAAGCAGCUUAGAGGGAAGAGAUGGUUACAUGGUAAGAGGCCUGGUUAAUCUUGGGAAUACCUGCUUCUUUAAUUCAGUGAUGCAGAAUCUAUUAGGUAUGAAUAAGUUGCGAGAUUUCUUCUUCAAUCAAGACGCGUCUUUUGGGCCACUCACUAUUGCUUUGAAAAAGCUCUAUAAUGAAACAAAACCAGAGACUGGUAUAAAGAAUGUGAUCCAUCCAAGAUCCCUUUUCGGGUGUAUCUGUUUGAAAGCUCCUCAGUUUAGGGGAUACCAGCAGCAAGACAGUCAUGAAUUGUUGCAUUGUUUACUUGAUGGGUUGUCCUCCGAAGAGUUGGCUGUGAAAAAACAAAUAAGUUCAAAGGAUGAUGGAAUUUCCUUGAGACCUGGUCCUACCUUUGUGGAUUCUCUAUUUGGGGGUCGCAUUUCUAAUACUAUUUCUUGUAUUGAAUGUGGGCACUCCUCAACUGUGUAUGAGCCAUUUUUAGAUAUCUCUCUACCAGUUCCAACCAAGAAACCUCCAACUAAAAAGAUCCAACCAGUUUCUAGACCAAAGAAAACAAAGCUGCCACCGAAGAGAGGGGGAAAGGUUCGAGGAAAAGUAAACAAAGACACAGAUUAUGUGUCAGCACAAAGUUCAAACCCCUCAACUAGCAACGAGUAUUCUAACCAAACACAUGCAACUGUACCUCACGCAGAAAACGUGGGGACUUCUUCAGGUGAUGCCGCAGGUUCAGAGUGUGUAUGCUUAAUUACAGAGCCUGAUAAAAGUGAGCUAGUCUCACAGAGAGCAUCAGCUGCUCAAAAUACUGAAACUGUGGAAGUUGUCAAGGCUACACUGGAGCAAACAGCAGCUUCAUUUGAGGACUUCACCUGGAUGGAUUAUCUUGAAACUGAAACUAUUCUACCUUCACAAAAUGAUGAUGUUUCAACUAGUCAGUAUUCGGAAAAUAUGAUUAGGAAUAAUGAUUUAAUGGAGAAUAGUCAGGUAUGUUCUGUUGAGUGGGAACCACAUCUAAAACCAGGUUCUUCUUCCGUGAAUCCUUGGGAAGAUGAGGUCCCAUUAGAAGUUAGAAGCUCAGAAGUUCUGCUGCUUCCAUAUAAAGAGGAGAAUUUUACUGAUGGGGAGAUAAUUAAAGUAGAAUGUCAGGCUUCUUCAAGUGUUGUGGGCUGCAGAGAAGAUGAAGUGGACUUUGAUGGCUUUGGAGAUUUGUUCAAUGAGCCUGAGGUUUAUCAAGGACCAGUUGCUGGCCCCUCAUUAGCCAAUGAAACUGCGGGAAAUGGUUUUACGGCAGCAAACAGCAGUGAGUCUGAUCCAGAUGAAGUUGAUAAUAGUGAUUCUCCAGUGUCUGUUGAGAGCUGUUUGGCUCAUUUUAUAAAGCCAGAGCUUCUUUCUGAUGAUAACGCUUGGGAAUGUGACAACUGUUCAAAAACCCUGCAAAACUUGGAAGCCAAGGAAAAGCAAGGUAAAACUUCAUUGCAAACUAUGAUAAAUGGAGGUGAGACUCAAUUCCAAAGUCACCCACCAAAUUUAGACAACGGCAUCUUGUGUACUAUGGAAGUCAGAAAUCUUCAUAAUGGAGAUAUUAAUACCGAUGCUUUUAUUAACUCCACAGGUGAAAGCUUGGUUUUGGAUAAUGGGAAGUUUGAUUUUUCUAAUAAAAGUUGCAUAGAAACUGAAAUUAGUCAGACGAAUAAGCUAAAACAAAUUGUUUCUCAAAAUGAUGAAGAGAAGGGUGAGAUGACUGCUGCUAAUGUCGAGCAAUCCCAUUAUUCUGCUCACUACAAUUCAUGCAGUCAAGAAAGUUUCACUUGUCCAGCUGCUGAUUCUUCUGGUGUUGAUGAGCCAAGUAGCACUGGGUAUGCAAAUGCUAAAGAUCAGCUUGGUAAUCCCCAGACCUCUGGAAAUUAUAGAGACGGGGAAGAGGAAGAUGAGGAAGGAAUUUCAAGAAAAGUGAAAGUGAAGAGGGACGCAACUAAGAGAGUCCUCAUUGAUAAAGCCCCACCUAUUUUGACUAUUCAUCUAAAGAGGUUCAGCCAAGAUGCUCGUGGUCGUUUAAGUAAAUUAAAUGGCCACGUCAAUUUUGGAGAUGUACUUGAUCUUACCCCUUACAUGGAUCCCAGGUGUGCAGACAGAGGAAAACAUGUGUAUCGUCUGCUUGGGGUAGUGGAGCAUUCGGGAACAAUGAGAGGAGGUCACUAUGUGGCAUAUGUGAGAGGAGGUGAAAGAAGCCAAGGCAAGGCAGAGAAUGAAAAUGGUGGCUCUGUGUGGUAUCAUGCCAGUGAUGUAUAUGUGCGUGAGGUUUCCUUGGAAGAAGUUCUUCAUUGCGAGGCCUACAUCUUAUUCUAUGAGAAAGUAUGAUAUUUCUGAAUUUCUGACUUUAAUUUGUUUUCUCCAUGCAUUUGAUUCUUCUUUGAUAUAGCGUGGGGCCUGUUAGCAACCCCGAAUGGGUGAACUGGGGGGUUGAAAGAGAGGGAGAGGGAGAGGGAGACACACACACAGAGAGAGAGAGAGAGAGAAGAGAAGCGAGUGUACAACAAUCAUUAUAAAUUUCAUAUACCCAUUUUUUGAAUGUAAUGAGUUCUGAUAAUUACAUCAGGAGAAAAUUUAUAAUUUAUUUUUUUCCCCUUGUGCUUC